AUGUUGAAACAAUUUUUUGCAUUUAUCCUUUGGGCCCAUUGCCUUUUUACGCUAUCUCAUGCAGUCAGUAUUUGCGGAAAAAACAAAAGAUUAGUGUGGUGCCCUGAGAAUCUAUGCAUUCCAUUGACUUGCGCACAAGCUGGGUUUCCUGUUCCCUGUCCCAUAGUAGGGCCGGGUGGACCAUGCUUUAAGUUUCCUGAAUGCAUUUGUAUCGAAGGGUACUUGAAAAACAGCAACGGAGUAUGCGUGCCAAAGGAUGAAUGCACGACCUGCGGAGGUGACAACAACGCGAUUCCCGGCUGUGGAUUUCUUUGUGGUAGACAUUGCGACAACAAUGUGACUGUCAAUGCACCAUGUGCUUGUAACAGCAACGGUUGUGUGUGUAGGGCAGGCUAUGUUUAUGACGAUAAACAACAGAAGUGUGUGCUACCAAGUCAAUGCACUGUACCUAGAGAUAACGAGGGAUGGUCUCCUUGUGUUGAUUACGGUUGCGAGGUACAAAACUGCGCUGAGCUGUUACUGGGUAAAAACUGCACAGAACCUGUCAACUGUGUCGGUGGUUAUGUAUGUACGGAGGGUUAUGUGCGGGGACGAAACGGUACCUGUAUCCUCAGAAGUUUGUGUGUCAGAGAUUUUUGCCCAAAGCCAAACGAAUUCUACAAUCCUUGUCCAACUCCUGGCACGGACGAUCUCAGGAAUACCACCACGGUGUGGCCAGUGAAUCGGCAAUGUAUUCCGGCUUGCAUCUGUAGACCCAACUAUUAUAGGAAUAGCGAAGGCAUCUGUGUCCUUCGUCCCCCAUCUGAACAAGUAUAA